AUGGCCCCACACCUGCAGCGCUGCUGCUGCUGCGCUGCGCAGCAGCACCUGCUGCCGACGACGCGGGACAGCAGCAGCAGCAGCAGCAGCAGCAGCAGCAGCAGCAGGCACGGCAGGGCGCAGCAGCAACUGAAGCAGAAAGUGCAGCAGAAUGGUGCAGCACGGCAAAAGCAGCCGAGCAGCAGCAGCACAGAUCCAGCAGCAGCUCGAGCAGCAGCGGUUACACCAGCGAGCUGCAACGACUCCAGCAGCAGCAGCAGCAGCAGCAGCAGCAGCAGCAGCAGCAGCAGCAGCAGCUGA